AUGGCGCCCGCCUCGCCCAGCCUUCAACCCGCCGACCUGAAGACUCCCACCAUUAAAUCCCAGACCUACACCACCGGCAGAGGCGGCCAGGGCAACAUGCAGCCCAAUGUCCACCCGGACAUCACCCGCCAAACUCAAGACGUCGAAGCACACCCUCGCGCCGGUCGCGAACCCGAGAAGAACUUCCAAUGGGGCAGAGGUGGUGCAGGCAACACAGCGUCCCUGAGCAAGGACCAGAUCGUCGACAUAAAGGAGAGAAAUGCUUCCAGACAGCGUGCCGAGGAAGCCGCUGCUCGCGCCAAUCCUGCUGCCUCUGGCGAAUCCAUGGAUCAAAAGCCAAAGAAGGAGAGCAGGACAAAUGCCGUAGGCCACAUGCUGCAGCGCGUCAUGAGCGGCAACGGCAAGAACCCGCAAAACUGA